AUGUCAAGGGCACAUUAUACAGUGAAUGACGAUGUUUACGGGAAGAUUUUAAAAACAAAUCCUAACUUAAAGGCGGACACGGAUUAUGCAGAAGUUUUCGAAGCAGUCGAAGGACUAGACGCCCUUCUCGCCGACCUACAAAACUCCAUAAACCCAGGGCGAGUAUCAAGUCCUAUUGGAAGAACAGGGUCUCCCGGUGCAAGAACCACAUCCCCAGGCAGGACUGCCUCGCCUAUCGGCAGGGGUAGUUCCCCGGGUCGCCUCAGCUCUCCCGGCGGCAGUCUCAGUUCACCCACAUCAACUGGCUACGGUUCCAUCAACGGCACCAAAAAUAUCUCAUCGGAUUAUUACAAACCAAGCUCCCCCACGUAUCAGAACACAACGACCAUUCACGAAAAGGUCGUUCCAUCCAAAUACACCACAACCCAAACGAGCUACGCCAGCCAUUCUCCAGGGUACACAAACAACCAGACCACCGGUUACGGCAGAACUACUGGCGGCAGAGGUAACCUGUCCGAGUUGGACACAUUGCUGGACGAUUUGAGCAACGCACGGUACGGGAACUAUGUUGAGAAGACAACGUACAAUGAAAGGAAUGAGGGCUACGGGAAAGCAAAUGGAGCGACCAGUCCAGCAUCGUCUAGACCGACCGUCGACUCUCUGCUCGAUCAACUCAGCACUGACGUACCUAACGGACGAACAUCGGUAUCACCGGUUCCGCCAUCGUCAGGCACUUUACCACGUCCUGGCACCAAACAAGUGACGGUGACGGUGCAAGAGACCGUGGUGGAGCCAGCCCAAGCGCUACAACAACCACCUCCGACCAUCGCGACCCGCCAUCAACAUCAUGCAUCCAGCGCAACUAAGGAGCUCGAUGAUCUUAUGGCUUCACUCUCUGACUUCAAGGUGAGCGGUGCGCCGACAGAUAGUGGCGCUCACGUCUACCGGGAGAAACACGCGUGGCAGGAACAGUACCGCAGCAACCCGCGCCAAGCAGAGUCCGCGUCUUUGGAGCAUAUGCUCGGAUCCCUCCGGGCAGACAUGAGCCGCCAAGGAGUCCAAACCCCCCAAAAGGGAUGCUGCAACGCCUGUGAGAAGCCCAUCGUCGGACAGGUGAUCACCGCGUUGGGUCGCACAUGGCAUCCGGAGCACUUCACGUGCGCUCACUGCAACCAAGAAUUGGGAACUAGGAAUUUCUUCGAGCGCGAUGGAAGGCCAUACUGCGAACCCGAUUACCAUAAUCUGUUCUCGCCAAGAUGCGCAUACUGCAACGGACCAAUCCUCGACAAAUGCGUGACAGCUUUGGAGAAGACCUGGCAUACAGAGCACUUCUUCUGUGCUCAAUGCGGCCAGCAGUUUGGAGAAGAAGGGUUCCACGAACGGGACGGAAAACCUUACUGCCGUGCCGAUUACUUUGACAUGUUUGCACCUAAGUGCGGUGGAUGCAGCAAACCUAUCAUGGAAAAUUACAUCUCCGCCCUUAACACCCAGUGGCAUCCAGACUGCUUUGUUUGUAAGGAAUGCCAAAACCCAGUCAAAGGAAAAUCAUUUUAUGCCAUGGAGGGGAAGCCGGUAUGCCCAACAUGCGUCGGAGUGGAUGAAGAUGAAUAA